AUGGUUGUUGCGGGUGCUGAGGUAAGCACGAGCCCUAGACCUGCGGUUGGCCGGUUAAGCGAGAAUAUUGCGAGUGUGGGCACAUCCGAAUUUCGAGACAACUCUUGGACAAUUGAACUCUUUCGACAACCCCUUCUCGACUUAUACCCCCUGUCGACCAAUUUCGCCAUGGCCGAUAUCGAUGUCAAGGUCGCUUCGUGGAAGCUGGUCGAGGUUGGCCGCCUAGUGCUGAUCCGCAGCGGCCCCUACGAAGGCAAGCUCGCUGCCAUCGUUGAGAUCGUGGACCACCGCCGUGUCCUGGUCGACGGUCCCUCCACCGAGGAGAAGAAGAUUGUGCCCCGUCACGUUCUCCCUCUCGCCCACGCCACCCUCACUCACUUCACCAUUCCCCAGCUUCCCCGUGCUGCCGGUACCGGUCCCGUGAAGAAGCUCUGGGCUAAGAACGAGAUUGACGGCAAGUGGGCCAAGAGCUCUUUCGCUCAGCGCACCGACCGUGCCGAGCGCCGCAAGAACCUUUCCGACUUCGAGCGCUUCAAGGUUCUGCGCCUCCGCAAGCAGGCUCGCUACGAGGUCCAGAAGUCUCACGCUAAGGUCCGCGCCUCUGCCAAGGCAUAG